AUGGCAUACAAAUUGUUCGUGUUCGCUGCUAUCGUAUCCUUCACAAAUGCCCAUGUUCUCCAUGGAUAUUCAGCACCUCUUCCAGUUGCCGCCUACUCAACUAUAGUAAACACACCAGCAAUUGAGAAAACUGUUGUACACCAUCCAGAUCCUAUCGUUUCAACGCGUACCAUUCCUGUGACCAUUGGUAGCAAAGUUGUGGCACCAGCCAAGACCAGCGUAUACUCUGAAGAGCCAAAUGUCCACGAACUCUCUACAUUCAUCAGAACUGCUCCUGGACUGACUAGAACCAUCGUCAAGCACCCCGCUCCAAUUGUGAAUAGUAGAAUAUCCUACCCCGCUCCGGUUGUCCACGAAAGAAUUCACCAUCCUGCCCCAUUAGCAGUGCCAGCUGUGCAAUAUGGACAACCAAUUGCUGCUAACGCACUUGCAUUGGCUCACGGUCCAAUUACCGUUCCAGCUCAGCCGGCUCUGCAGUAUGGGCAACCUCUUCUCGCUAAUGCUGCUCCAGUGGCUCCAAUUGUAAAAACCAUUGCCCACGAACCAUCAACGUCCGAGUAUUCGACGUACACGGCCACCGCCCCAGCCUUCACUGAAACAAGAGUAAUUCCACAACCUGCUGUUGUUUAUUAAAAAACUGUUGCUUUUUUUUAAUAAAAUGAUUUCUAUAAACCA